AUGUAUCCAGACUGGCCUGAGACGGAGGCCGAUCUCGUGCCUCUUCCGCAAUGCGAUGGCCCCAAACUGGCCGCAUUUGAUUUCCAAGGAAAGCAGCAAAUCGAAUUUCUCGAGUAUCUCGGCGAAGGACUGCACGCGCACGUGGUCAAGGUCAGAAUCAAGGACAGAGAGUAUGCCCUGAAGCUUUUCCGCUUCGUGUACGAUCACGACUGGUACGGCCCUGGUCAAAAUGACGAGAACGAGGACCGCGUCAAAUUGACGCUCAUGGGCCAAUACUCGGAGCCGUUCAACAGCGAGUGCCGCGCCUUUGGACGCCUGCACGAGACCGGCCACACCGAGCUGGCCGUUGCCUGCUAUGGCUACGUGUUGCUCGAUGAGGUCCAUGAGCAGCUGCUCGCCGACCGCCUCAAUCUCGAAAUGAACGGCAACUGUGAGCUGCCUGGGGCGUACGAUAUGCGCAGCCGUUACCUCGGCGAACGCAGCGGCAAACCACCGCCGAUCCGUGGCAUUCUCAAGGAGCUAGGCACCUCCAUCGAGUGGGUGGAUCCGCCGAAUCUCACCGUUCGCGACGCGCACCGUAUCCUCCGCGACAUCAUCCAGCUACAGCAGCUGGGCAUCUUUUCGCUCGACGUGCGCCGGGACCAGCUUAUCAACAACAAGUUUUGCGACUUCAGUGUGGCCAUGACGGUGCCGCACUUUUUGACAAACUUUGAGCUGAACCCCAAGCUCGCAGCUGAGCAAAAACGGGCGAUGGUGCACGAGGCCUUUCUCAUCGCCAGCAACGACUACUGGGCCUUUGAAGAGAUGAUAUACAGCUCGUGCGAGAAGCCGCGCCAGACGUCCAAGCUGCUGGACAGCGUGACCAUCUUUCCAGGGGGGAACCUUUUCCACAGAGGACGCGAUCGACACCAUCGGCUGCGAAGCACCUCGGGCCAGGAUAUUCGCGUGUACUCGUUGGUGGAUCCGAGAAACUACGCCUGGGAGGAUCGAGAGGUAGCGAAAACGGAGAGGGUAGCAAAAGUGGCCACGCAAGCGGCAGAAAAGCAAGCCAAAAGGACAACAAAGAAGGCAACUCGAACAACAAGGGUGACAAAGGCGACAAAGGCGACAAAGGCGAAAAGGUCAAACGCGGCCAAGGUGGUGAAGCGUACGCAGGGCCCAAAGAAAUACCAGUACAAAAUCCCGAGGUGGCCGGAAAAAUGGCAUUAUGACUGCGACCCAAAGAUGGCAGCGAAGUUGAGGGACAGUCGAACCCUUGGCACGACAAUAUCGUGGUAUGUCGAGGACAAUCUCAUGCACCCUUACGGAUGGACCUAUUUUCGAUGA